AUGCCAUCGGCACCCCCGGAGGAGUUCAAAGUGGAAUUCAUCUCGUCGUCGUCGUCCGUGCAGUCGUCGGCGGUACCAUCGCGCACGACGUCGCGAGGGGCGUCCUCGUCGUCAGAGGCUGCUGCUACCGAGAAAAUCGAUGCGGAACACGCGCCAGCAGACGCCUCUGACGCUGGCGACGGCAAGUCCACUGUGUCGAGCGACACUGCAGGCGCACGUGAAGGCACGACCUCGGAGGAGCAACUCGUGCCGCUCACGUUUGCCCACGGCACGGAGCUGACGGUGUCCGCGGCGUUGGUGGCAGCGCUGGAUGAUGAGCUGACCAGGUGCGCUUUGCUUCUCUUCGACGGCAGGAUCCCUCAGCAGCAGCCGCCACCCCCGCCGGGGCCGGGGCCGGUGGAAGUGCCUCGGCAGUGGUGGUCGGAGGCGGUCAACUACCACCGUGCCGUCUUGCUGGGCUACGAUGACGCCGGAUUCGCGUACGUGGACGCGCAGGCGUUUGCGCAGCGAGUGCCGCAGCCGCAGGGAUGGCGACUGUGCCCCCUCCCGCUGCUGGUGUGUGAGGUGGCGAAGUUGGUUCACUUUUAUCGAGAUGCGGAGCUGGACGACACAACGAGCGAGCAGAGCACCGCCGCCGGCGCCUCUGGCGCUGCACUGCGUUACCCGGUGCUGCCGAGGCCCUCAAGGUGUGCUGCUGCUGAGGGAAACGGUGGACUUGUGAACGCACAGCCGAGCCGCAAUGGCAGUACUGACGCAGCCUCACCCUCACCUUCUUACCAGGCCCCCGCGUCUGGCGAGCCGUCGCCGUCCACGUCAUUAGCUACAACGCCGCCUGUCCCGCCCUCGACAUCACUUGCGUACCUGAGCCCGCCCCUGCGCUGGAGUCUGCCGAUGUGCGGCCACGCGCCCUCGCUGAACUUGCAGCAAGUAUUCCGAGUGCAGUCAAACCGCGUGUAUCAGCUGACACGGCCGCCUGAGGAGGUGGUGUUUCUCGGCGUCGCAUUUGGAAUCCCGUGGAUUCGACCGGUUGUGUUGGCUACCGCAACAACCCCUGAUGCAGCGUCAUCGCAGGUGGGAACGUGUCGCGGUGUCGUACUUCACGCAACCGACCCCUCGACUUCAUCGCUGGCAUCGCAACCGCCGGCCGGGUAUCGCUGGAAGGACAUGCGUGCGUGGGCGGAACCGCUCAUUGGGUGCCACGACGCAUGCGAUAUUCGCGGUCGCCACGGUCUGGUAGACCCGUCGCCAGGUGCGACGGGGGUGUCCCCUGCUGCUUCUGUCGCCGAUGCCGAAGGAUCUGCACCUCCCUCUGCGCGGUCAUCAGCUGUUACUGGAGCGCCGCCCGAGGAUUCGGGGCAGGAAGCGUCGCUGCGGCCCAGUGAGGCCGACGAGCAGAACAGCGGCACGUCCGCUCCUCUCUCACUGUCACCCCCGUCGCCCUCGCAGAAACCGCUCACCGCCGCUGCGCCGCUGUUUGUGAAAGAAGGCGCCCGUGUCUUCGUGCCUGGCCGCUUCGGUGUAAUGCUCGAGUGCAACACCAAUUCGGCGCUGAUGGAGGCGCACUUCGGCGUUGUGCACGCCGAUCAACUUGUACCGCGUGCCCUAUCGUCUCACGCUGCCGCUGCGCAGCUCUCCGGUGCAUCAAAGCCAGACAAGACGCCGACGCCAUCACUGCCGCCUGGGCCUUUCAUUGUCAUGGGGCUGUACGGUCGCAACGUGCUCGUGCUAAUAGCCGACGGCGAGGGGCAGACUGCAGUGCAGAUUCACGUUACGCGCGGCGUCGCAGAGGUCGCGGAGACGUUUCGAAAAGUGGCAGGGACGCCACUGCCGCCGCCCGCGCUGCCGCUAGAGCCACUCAGCGUGCCUGCAUCACCACCUGAGUCGACAAUGGUCGCCGAGGCUGCUGCUGCCUCUCGCUUGGUGGCCAACGAUGAAGUCUCGCAGGAGAGGCCGCAGGCGCCGGAGACAGAGCGACGGGAGGACCAGGCAGGACCCGUGCCCGCUACAGUGACUUGCAUUGUGGCUGAGGAGACCGACGCCUUCAUGGCCCCUGCAGCAGAUAUAGCUGCUGCUGCUGCUGCCGAAGCGCAGUUAUGCAAGGAUAAGGCUGCGGGCAUGCGGGGUGUGGAGGGGGUGUGUAAAGAAGUCGGCACCGCUACACCGGUGGCCGAUGAGGAGCGUCACGGAGGGCCGCCGCCGACCAAAGAAGUGAUUCUAACCGACCUUCACAAAGCCGGUGAGACCGCUGCGCAUGCCUGCUCGAGUGUUGUCGUGGAGAUAUCGCAAGGGGUCUCGAUAUCGGCCGCUUCUGCACCGCGCACAUGGCGAUGGUCGUCAACGACAUCGUCCUCGGCGUCUUCGAGCUCCUUCGACUCACAUGCUUCGCAGCGACUCCGGCAGCAGCAGCAGCAGAGUCGGUUGGAGCAGAUUGGAGAGGAACAGGCACACCGUUCAGGUCCUUCCACAGGGAGAGCCAGCGCACCAAGCACUCCCACCGAUAAAGUUGUGGAGGAGGUGGCUGAGGCAUGGCCAACUUAUGGGGCACAGCUGCUUGAGUCUGCGGAGGAGGUGACGGUUGUGCCCGCCGUGACGCCGGCGACAGAUGAUGCGCCGCCGCUGAUGACCCUACCGGCGGCCGAACAUGCCAUGACCUCCCAGAACGGCGAAGGAGUCUUUCAGGCGGAGGCUGCUAUCGGUGUCGUCGAAGCGGCGAACACCAAGACACCUGGAGAGAAAGAUGUGCACUAUCACGACGACGGAGUGGUCUCUGCUGAUGCUUCGCUGCACGGGCAAUCCCUGCUGCAGCUGCCUGAGAAGGACCUCAGCGCGCCAGAAGGUGAAAGUGAGAAGCACCUGCAGCUGGGCAGCAGCCUCGCGGUUCAGUUUUUCGCCGACCACACACCGAGCUUGCUCCCGGCCUCGUCAUCGAUGCCGCGACCAUCGCAACAGCAGCACACAGGCGACGCGCAGGAGGCGUCGCUAGGCACGGAGGUGAGCUUCGAUGAAGAUGGUGUGGACGCGCAUCGUCUUCCUGCGACACUGGAGAGCGAUUGCGAAGAGCGAGUGCAGCACGUGAGCGGCGCAGAUGCCGACGAUGUUGCCGGGCCAGUUAUUGCAUUCCAAGCAUCAUCUCUGUUGGCGUCGGUGGAACAGCGGGGAUGGGCCAACCAGGCACCUCCCGUUCGCCACGUUGCCAUUCCAGCCGGUGAGGAGGUGGCAGUGACGACAGCGAUGGCACGCUCAGCAACGGCCUUCACACCUUCCUACUCUCCGCCACCAGCGAGCCCUGCAGACCUCCGGGCAGCACCGCGAGUUUGGGGUGCACAGGGGACGUCUUACCCCACUUCAGGCCCCUCACCAUGCGCGGCGGCGGUUGGGCUGCAGCACCACUCCGCGGCGACGCCGUUUACCAACUUCCUGAAGGCAUACGCAGUCUACGUGCUCGGCACACAUGGAGCAGCAAGCGGAGGCGAGAGCAAGCAGCUGCGCAACGGCACAGCGCCGCACAUGAACGAGUGCGCGGCGGGGGCAGGGGAAGCUUCGCGGGGCGUAGCGGAGCUCGCUUCGAUACUGGACUUCUACCGUGAGCAACCGCUGGCGCGCAUCAUGGAGGCCACAGCUAUUCAGCGGCGCUGUCGUGCGGCGUGGAAUGAGGUCAUCGCAUCCACACCUGCCUCUGCUGCAGCGCAAGUUGGGAGCGAUGUGGAGGUGUGCAAGCUGAAGGCAUCUGCGUCGACGACUGUUUUUACGGAACUCUGCGUUGAUGAGCUCGUAUCGCUGCUGGCUAUCGUGCAUUAUCCGUCACCGAGACAGGAUGGAUGA